UUCCGGGCGACGUGGGGGCAACGCAAAGACGCAACAGUUUUUGCAACCAGAAAUCCUCAGCAGCAGCUGAGGCGGUCAACGGCCCCUGGUUUCAGUACUCUUGUGGGAGGGGCGGAAGGGCGUUGGCGUCGAGCGGUGCGGAGGGCCGGAGAAUCCGUGUAGGUUUAGGAGCGCUGAUUAUGGAGGAAAAACUGAGAAAAGAUGAACUUGCAAGGACAGUUAAAUUCACACCGCCAUUGUAUAAGCAACGCUACCAGUUCAUUAAACAAUUAGUGAUCAAGCAUAAACCUAAAAAGGUGGCGGACUUGGGAUGUGCUGACUGUAGGCUACUGUGGAUGCUGAAAUUCUGCAACUGCAUUGAAAUACUUGUUGGAUUAGAUAUCAGUGAGGAUGUGAUGAAGGAAAAAAUGCACACGCUGUGUCCCCUUCCUGGUGACUUCCUUCAGCCAUCUGAAAGACCCCUGACUAUUAUCCUUCAUCAAGGUUCAGUUGCUGAGAAAGAUCCCUGUAUGCUGGGCUUCGACAUGGUAACAUGUGUUGAAUUAAUAGAACAUCUGGAGGCAGAAGAGUUGGAGAAAUUUCCGGAGGUGGUAUUUGGUUUUAUGUCUCCAGCCAUGAUUGUCAUUAGCACACCAAACUCAGAAUUUAAUCGUUUGCUUCCAACUGCAACAUUAUUCAGACAUCCAGACCAUAAAUUUGAAUGGAAUCGAGCACAGUUUCAGAACUGGGCUCUUGAUGUUGCUGCUCACUAUGGCUAUACAGUGGAGUUCACUGGAUUAGGAACUCCACCAUCUGAGGAAGGCGAUGUUGGAUUUUGUACGCAAAUAGGUGUAUUUGUGAGAAAGUAUCUUAAAAAUGGAGAACCUGAGACAGUGGAGAAAUACAAAGAACAUGUUUAUAAAACGAUUUUCAAAGCAGUAUAUCCAAGCCUUAAAGAUGAAAAAUAUUUGCAGACUGCAGUGGUCAAUGAAGUUUUGUGGACAUCACAAACAAUUGCAAGAAGACUACUGGGCAACAGAAAAUCCAAGUACAAGAAAAGGUGUGAUGGUGUGGAAACAGAUCCUCCGUUCCUGACAUCUUGUUUCCUGAGACUCACAGAAUAUCCUUCUUUAACCGAAGCUGAAAAUUCACAAAUAGAACCAUUCAUUAACGGACAAACUGUCCAUGUGCCUUUGGCAAAAAUCUUUUCUGUUCCUAAAGUGAAGCAACUAUGUGGCACUUUUGAAACUCUAAGGAAACUUAUCACUGGUAAAGUUGCACUGAGCAAUGAUGGAUCUGCACUGCUGGUUGAUACAGAAUAUGAAAAUGAAGAGCAGGGGAAUUAAGGAACUUCUUCCUGCUAGUAAGCGGUGAAGAAACCAGGCAUUGAUUCUUCUGUACAUGAGCAGAAAUUAAUAGUUAAAACAUGUUUUAUGGGAGUUUUAAAAUGGGCUGUAAGUUCAAAUAGCUACUUCAUUUUGUUUGGGUAAUAGAACAUCUUAUGACAUGUCAAUACUUUUCUCUUCAGCCAGAAAGUUCUACAAGUUUUCAGUGUAAACGUGUCUGGUAAUGCUAAAAUAAGAUAUUUUGCUAUGAAUAAUGUGUAGGAGUUGUCCUGCAGCAGUUUCAAUAAUACAAUUGGAGUGUGCAUCUGACCCAUAUUUCUCACAUACAAGCCUAUGGAGAGCAUGACACUCAAGGCAGCAGCCUUUGUCAGAAUGAAACGAAGGACAGACAGUAAAUCCUGCUCCUUACACACCUAGUUCCAAAGCUUGGUGUGAAAGGCUCUUUCCACCACAGUCUCUAAUGAUUUUGGAGAACCAGUUUGUUUUGAACUGUAAACCUUCCCCUCAGUCAUAAGAUGUUCUUAGAGUAGCAAGUGUUAAGUUUUGUAGUAAGCAAAAACAUGAAGAUCACUGACACAGGAAAUGUAUGCAAAUAAAAAUAUGAUUUAUUU